CCUAUUUAGGUAUCAGCACGUCGCUUACACUUCCCAACAGUCCUAAGCAUUGUCCAACUAGGAAAACCCACAGAUCACUCAAUUGACACCGAUAUCCUAAGCGAAGUCUCUGCACCCUGAGAAAGGGCCAACUCAUUUACUGAAACUUCAAUAAUGGCUGCGCGAAGUGGGGCCCAGGCCUUGCAGUUUGUCUACUCGAGCCUCGCGCUAAUCUGAUACGAGGAGCUUGGAAUCGAGCCCCUCCCCCUAAUCAAUCUUGUAAGUAAAACCACGAGCUAAGCGUAUAGAGCAAAGCAGCAGGGACCACCCGGCUGAUGACUGCCUGUUCCUGAAUCCCUGCUUUUAUGCCAUUUAAAUCACUACCAAUCGUGUCACCUCGAGAUCUUUCCCAUGCGACCAACAUUACCCAUCGAAUCAAGCGACAAUGAAGACAUUUGCUUACUCGGUGGGCGCCCUGCUCCCUUUCGUCCUCUCCACCCAUGCCGAUUAUUGGCAACCGGUCGGCUGCGUCAGCUCCAUUGGCAACAUGGAAAACAUGGGGACUUUUCAGUUUCAAUCAGUCGAUCACUGCUUGGUGCAAUGCGAAACUCCAGAUGCCGUUUUCGCCGCCAUGCAAGGGGAGAGCUGCUACUGCGGCUCGGCAUCGCUCGAUAUUCAGGAUAUUGCUUUUGCUUACGGCGAUGAUGCCUGCAAUGUGCCAUGCCCUGGCUAUGCCCGCGAUACGUGUGGUGGCGAUGGGGUCUAUUCUUUCUGGGUCUCCCAGAAUUACUUGCGGAGUUUAGAUGGCUAUGGCGACAACGACGAUGAUAACGAUGACUAUGACAGUUACAAUGACAGUGAUGGUGGUGACUCGGACGACUACUAUGACAAUGCCGAUGGUACGUCGAAUGACGACGAGAACGAGGACGGAGAGGAUUUCUAUAAUUGGAACAGCACAUCCACUGCUUUCGCGACUACUACUCCGUCAGCGAUCGCGACCACUGCAGUGUCAAUGUCGGCCAGUGUUACUGCCAACUCCACCAUUGCCACUUCUUCGGUCAGCGAGACCGCCACAGGAGGUGCUGUCACCACCACGACUUCGACCUCUGGGGCCAGUCGCCGCUUCAGACUGCUGUUCUUCUGAUUUCCUCGCUAAGAGAAGGAAAGUUGAGUCCCGCUUGGAUCAAAUCAAUUGUGACAAUGGAGCGUAUGUUGCUAUUGGAAAACCUUUCUGGGAGAGGUAUUCGCGAGAGGUAGUUAUGUCGUCGGCUGUGGUGUGAAGCAACGGUGAUCAGUCUAAUCUAGCAAUUCAUUUUGAUUUACCUCACUUGUGUACGAUAUCGAUGCAAGCUGUUACUUACGCCCCAUUCGUGAAAACUGACCGACCGAUAAUGACGUGAUGUGCGGGAUAAAUGGCAUUCGAUCUUAGCGUCUGAUUGCAGAUACAAAGAUCUUUUCGACUCCA